GACCCACACAUGUAGCACCGGAAAACAACGACUUAGUACCCACCUAUCUCACUCUCUUCAUAAGUACCAUACUACCACACACUUUUUGUGAGUGUAUUUUAAGAUUCGUUUGCAUCUCAAAACAUUUUGUUCAUUCAUUGAUUCUUAAUCAAUUCUCUCUCCGUCUCUGCUUUUACCUGAAUCUGAACCAAAUUCCUCCUGAGAAAGAAAAAGGCAUGAAGAAGAUCAAUCUACUAUUAAGAAAGUGCAAGAGCUUGUCAAGGCAACUAGGAAGAUCAUCAUCAUAUAGCAGCUUGAGGUCCAAAUCAACUAAAGAAGAGUUAUAUGCAGAACAUGACAUGCAACAAAAUGAAAAUUGUGAAACUAUAUUCGUUGGCAGCACAAGGAAACGGUAUGUGAUAAGUUCAAAGUAUUUGAAUCAUCCUCUCCUUACUGCUUUGAUUAACAAGUCUAAGGAAAAGGGUAGUGAUGAAAAUAUUUUGGUGGUUAACUGUGAGGUGGUUCUCUUUGAUCAUUUAUUGUGGAUGCUAGAAAAUGCAGAUCCUAUGUUUUAUUCUGAAUCUUUUGAGGAAUUGGCUGAACUUUAUGCGUUUUAAAUAUUAAGAGAUGUCAUAGUGCAGAUUUCUCAAGAAGCCUAAUGUAAUUUUUAAUAUUGGGUUGUAGCUGCAUCUUACACAAUGUAAUUUUUAAUUUGUUUGUAUUAUAAUUUUUUUUUGAAAAAUUAUUUGUAUUCAUUAAUAUUACUCUUUUGAGAUGAUUAAUUGCCACGAAAAUGUAAGUUGAGAAAUUGGAAUGGACACAUCAUCACCCAUGACUUUCUUAAA